AUGGUUGUGUUGUCCCCUGUUAUGUUUCCUGUAAUGACUUUUAUGUUGGUAUGUAUUUUGAACCUUGGUACUGAUAGGCCUGAUAUUAUAUCAAGGAUAUUCAAGAUUAAGUUGGAUCAUCUUAUUCAUGAGUUGAAAAAUGAUUGCUUAUUUGGUCCAAUAGAAGCAGCUGGACACAAGUUCCCCAUCGUCACUGAUAUCGACAGUGUAAUAAGUGUUGAGAUACCAGACAAAGAAGAAGAUCCAGAGUUAUAUGAACUUGUCAAACUGUUCAUGAUGCAUGGUCCUUGUGGAGCUGAUAACCCAAACUGUCCAUGUAUGGUAAAAAACAAAUGUACGAAGAACUUUCUUAAAAAAUUCGAAGACGAAAGCUCAAUUGACCCAGAAGGAUAUCCUAUAUAUAGACGUCGUAACAUAGGUAAUGUAGUUGAGAAGGAUGGUAAACAACUUGACAAUCGUUCAGUUGUACCCUACAACGCUACACUACUUCGAAAGUAUCAGUGCCAUAUGAAUGUUGAAUGGUGCAACCAAACUGGUUUUAUCAAAUAUUUGUUCAAAUACAUCAACAAAGGACCUGAUAGAGUAACAGCUUCUGUUUAUCAAACAAAUAUUAAAGACUCUGCUACUCGACCGAAAAAACCAGAAGACGAGGUAAAAAAUUACCUUGAUUGUAGAUAUGUAUCUGCUUGUGAAGCGGCUUGGAGAAUUUUUGCAUUUGACAUACAUUAUAGGCAUCCACUUGUUCAAUGGAUGGCAACAAACGCAAGAGACAAAUUUGCUCGAACUUUGAAAUAUGUAGACUUUCCAAAGCAUUAUGUUUGGUUACGUGAUAAGAGAAUUUGGAAAAGAAGGGACUACUCUUAUACUUCCAUUGGAAGAAUAACUUAUGUUCCAAUUGCGCUUGGUGAUAUCUACUACCUCAGAAUUUUAUUGAAUCAUAUUAGGGGCCCUAAAUGUUUCAAGGAUCUGAAAAAAGUGAAUGGAAAAGAUUGUAAAACAUACAAAGAAGCUUGCCAAGAGAUGGGACUAUUAGAUGAUGAUAAAAAAUAUGUUUCUGCCAUUCAGGAAGCUAGCGCAUGGGCAUCUGAAUCAUACUUGAGGAAUUUCUUGGUGAUGUUAUUGGUUUCAAACUCAGUAACACGUCCCGAUUUUUUGUGGAAUCAAACUAAGGACCUCUUAUCUGCCGACAUUUUAUUCAAUCAAAGAAGAUUAUUAAAUUGUCCAGGUUUGGUUCUUCCAGAAGCAGAAUUACAACUGAUAUGCCUUGCUGAAAUUGAACAAUUACUACUUAGUAAUGGUAGCACACUUAAGAAUUUUCCAGAAAUGCCUUAUCCAUCAGCUAAUUAUAGCUUAACUUCCGAACAACAACAAAUAUAUCAAACAGUCAUCGAAGCUGUUGCAGAGAAGGAUGGUGGUGUUUUCUUUGUAUAUGGUUAUGGUGGUACCGGAAAGACCUUCCUUUGGAAAACAAUAACAGUUGCCUUACGCUCAAGAGGUGAAAUUGUUCUCAAUGUGGCAUCCAGUGGAAUUGCUUCGCUUUUGUUAAGUGGUGGGAGAACUGCACAUUCAAGAUUUUUUAUUCCAAUCAAUGUUAACGAGAACUCCGUUUGCUCAAUUGAACCCAAUAGUGAGCUUGCAGAUUUAAUAAACAAAACCACAUUGAUCAUCUGGGAUGAAGCACCCAUGAUACACAAACAUUGUUUUGAGGCUUUGGAUAGAACCAUGAGAGACAUCUUGCGGUCAACUCAACCGAACAGUGAACACCAAGUCUUUGGUGGCAAAGUGAUCCUUUUUGGCGGUGACUUUAGACAAAUUCUACCAGUCAUACCUCAUGGUUCAAGAAGUAAUAUUGUUAAUGCCUCCUUGAACUCUUCUUAUAUUUGGCAACAUUGUAAGGUUCUUAAACUAACUGUCAAUAUGAGGUUAAGAAUCGGUGGUGACCAGACAAAUGUACAAGAAAUUACAGAAUUUGCAGACUGGAUCUUGCAACUUGGAGAGGGUUUACUGGGAGAUUCAAACGAUGGUGAAGUCGAUAUUCAAAUUCCAGAUAAUUUACUCAUACUUGAUUCAGUCAAUCCUCUUUCAAGUUUAAUCGAAUUCACAUAUCCAGAUAUACAUAACAGUUUGAAUGAUCCACUCUAUUUCCAACAAAGAGCAAUUCUCGCGCCAACUCAUGACGUAGUGAAUGAAAUAAAUGAAAGGCUUUUGGAGAUGAUGCCAGGUAGUCCGAUCGAAUAUCUUAGCUCUGAUAGCUUAGCUGAAUGUGUGGACACCACAGAUGCUGAUCAAGCUUUGUAUUCAAGUGAUGUUCUAAACAAUCUAAGAAUGUCGGGAUUACCUAAUCAUAAAUUGGUGGUCAAAGUUGGAGUUCCAGUAAUGUUACUAAGGAAUAUAGACCAGCCAAAUGGUUUGUGCAAUGGUACACGUCUUCAAGUAAUCAAACUUGGAAAGCAUGUGAUUGAAGCAAAAAUUAUAACAGGAACAAACAUUGACCAUCACACAUUAAUCUCAAGAUUGAAGAUGACUCCUUCCGAUAAAAGAAUUCCAGACAAGAUUACUCGGAAGCAGUUUCAUUUGUCGGUAUGUUUUGCCAUGACUAUAAACAAAAGUCAAGGACAAUCACUUGAUCGUGUAGGUUUGUACUUACCGCGUCCGGUUUUUAGUCAUGGCCAACUAUAUAUGGCAGUGUCAAGAGUGAAAACCAAGAAAGGAUUGAAAAUUCUCAUAACAGAUGAAGACAAGAAAGUUACGAACAAUACCACAAAUGUUGUGUACAAGGAAGUUCUUCAAAAUUUGUAA